UGAGGAAAUUGUCUCGCUCAGCCGGAGGUCGUACGCGUUUUUUACCUUUUGUAUUUCCUUACUGAUUGUCGUGGACAUUUUGGAUUUUUUUUUUUAUGUUUAGUGUCAUUUAUUCGCACCAGUUGCGGGUCGUGUCGCUGUGGUUCGCCUUUAACUGGUCUGACAGAGACUCAUUGAGAGGGUAAACACUUAAAAGAGCGAAAACAGCUGAAGAACUUGAGGGCGGCUGGUUAAGGAAGAAAUGUGCGCAGUGGGCCAGCUUCAAGUUGCUUUUUAAGUGGGCAGCACUAGCUAGCUGCUAACCCGAGGCGAACCGUACCUGAAACCUGCCAAGCUAGCCAUUGCUGAAUUCUUGAAAACAUUUGUCGGACAAUAGCAGCUUUUCCCACAACCUGGACACCAAUAAAUGACGGAAAGACUCGACGUGAAUUCAGAUAAUCAGACUCUUGUUGGAUCUGUCAUCGGCCAACCACUGGGAUCCAGGUCCUUGAAUCAUAAAUGACAAGUCCCUGAGGAUGUCCAAGCGCAGCUUCUUUGUUCGCCUGGUGCCAUGCCGGUGUUUGCGGGGUGAGGAGGAGGCGGUGACAUCUCUGGACUACUCCCACUGCAGCCUGGAGACCGUUCCUAAGGAGAUCUUUAACUUUGAGAAGACGCUGCAGGAGCUCUACCUCGAUGCCAAUCAGAUCGAGGAACUGCCUAAACAACUGUUUAACUGCCAGUUACUCAACCGACUGAGCAUGCCGGAUAAUGACAUCUCGGUGUUGCCGGCAGCGAUCGCAAACCUCAUUAACCUCAGGGAGCUUGAUGUCAGCAAAAACAGUAUCCAAGAGUUUCCAGAAAACAUCAAGAACUGCAAAGUCCUAGCUAUUGUAGAAGCCAGUGUAAAUCCUAUAGCCAAGCUCCCAGAGGGUUUCACUCAGCUUCUGAGUCUGACGCAGCUCUACCUGAAUGACGCCUUCCUUGAGUUUUUACCAGCCAGUUUUGGCAGGUUGACGAAGCUACAGAUACUGGAGUUGAGGGAGAACCAGUUAAAGAUGCUUCCAAAGAGCAUGCAGAAGCUUACACAGCUGGAGAGGUUGGACCUGGGGAGUAAUGAGUUCACUGAAGUGCCUGAGGUGUUGAAGCACCUGAGUGGACUCAAGGAGCUUUGGAUGGAUGGAAACAAACUGACAUUUCUUCCUGGGAUGCUAGGGAUGAUGAAACAGCUGCUAUAUCUGGAUGUGUCAAAGAACAACUUGGAGAUGGUAGAUGAAAAUAUCUCCGGCUGUGAGAACCUGCAGGACCUCCUGCUCUCAAGCAAUGCCCUCACACAGCUGCCUGGCUCCAUCGGCUCCUUCAAGAAACUGACUACACUGAAGGUGGAUGAGAACCAGCUGAUGUAUUUGCCGGACUCCAUUGGAGGACUGACAUCUAUUGACGAGCUGGACUGUAGUUUCAAUGAGAUUGAAGCCUUGCCCUCCUCCGUCGGCCAGUGUGUCAGCAUUCGCACUUUUGCUGCCGAUCACAACUUUCUCUCCCAGCUUCCCCCUGAGUUGGGCAACUGGAAGAGCGCAACUGUGCUGUUUCUGCAUUCCAACAAGCUGGAGUCUUUGCCUGAGGAGAUGGGCGACAUGCAGAGGCUCAAAGUCAUCAAUCUGAGCAACAACAAGUUAAAGAAUCUUCCCUACAGUUUCACCCAACUCAGUGAGAUGACUGCCAUGUGGCUCUCUGAAAACCAGUCGAAGCCCCUGAUCCCUCUCCAGAAGGAGGAGGAUCCAGAGACUCACAAAACUGUGCUGACCAACUACAUGUUCCCACAGCAAACCAGGACAGAUGACUUCAUCCCCAACUCUGACUCUGAGAGUUUCAAUCCGGCUCUCUGGGAGGAGCAACGCAAGCAGCGCGCUCAGGUGGCCUUCGAGUGCGACGAGGACAAGGAUGAGAGAGAAACACCCCCGAGGGAGGGGAACCUGAAACGGUACCCGACCCCUUACCCAGACGAGCUGAAGAACAUGGUAAAAACAGCCCAGUCUGUGGCUCACAGGCUGAAGGAGGAUGAAACAAGUGACGAGUCUGGGAAAGAGUCCAAACCAGUAGAAAGGAACCACAUUGGAGUGCAGGACGUGGGAGUUAAGGUGAUAGAGGCCCCCUGUCCCAACGGUGUAGCAUCAGACAUUGAACCUCCAGUAUCUUCAGCUCGUCUCCAAAAUGCUCCUGCAGCUGAAUUAAAAGACACUUUAGAGCCCAUCAGCUCCCAGAUCAUUCCCUUUAAAUCUUCAGAGGGUUCAGUGCUGAACCACGAGGACACACUAGAGGACACUGAGGAGCUUUCAGAGGAAGAAGAGAUGAAAAUCGCAGAGAUGAGACCUCCUCUUAUUGAGAUUUCCAUCAAUCAGCCUAAAGUAGUGACUCUAAGUAAGGAUAAAAAAGAUGAUGGAAAAGAUGCUGAUUCUUUGCUGGAUGACACCGUGGCCAACAGUAACCAGAACAACAGCAACUGUUCAUCACCAUCGCGCAUGUCCGACUCUGUGUCUUUGACCACCGACAGCAGUCAGGACAACUCUCUGUGCACGCCUGAGAGGGAGUCCAAGAUGCCCUUUCUUCCAAAAAGCAGGCAAGACGAUGAGAAUAUGAACCAGCCAAAGGACACCACCCCUCUGCUCCAUAAUGGUAAUGGAUCUGAACCGUCCCUUCAGGCCCUUUUAAAAACCCAGCAGACCCCACCACACUAUGACCUGGCAAUGGAAGCCAAACUGGCCUUCAUUGAGAAGGAGAUAACCAACGGAAUGGGAGACGCCUAUACAAAGUGGGACCAGAUCAAUAUGAACGUGACCAAGCUGCCAGCCUACCACACUGCUCAGUUUAAUCAGUUGGACAAAGCAGAGACUGGUUCAGUUGAGGACUUCAACAGCAAGCAGAGUUACGGUAAUGACAACGUGGACCACACACAGAAUGGGAAUCAGCUAGGAAGUGACUGCAUCAAUAGUCUUGUGAACAGAAGCCAAGGGAUGAGAGGGGAGACAUCUGCUCUACACGCAGCCUCGCCAGGCAUGGCUGCCAACAGUGACAUUUCUCUGUCUCGCAGCACAGAGGAGUUGUCUCCAGAGAAAAGAUGUCACCCGCCACAGGUGAUGAAAUCUCACAGCAUUAGCAAUAUAGAAACAGGAGGCAUGAAGCUGUACUCCUUUGAUGGGGACGAUGAUGCUGCAGCAGUGACCAGAAUGACGGGGGCUGGUCCAGGGCCAGGAGCUCAGGGCCAGAACAUUGUCAGGAGCAAGUCAGCCAGUCAGUUACUCAAUGACCAGAGUUUCCUGGUCUACCCUGGCUCCUCAACAUCUUCCUCAGACCUGCUGUCCGCCUCUAAGCCUCAUGUCAGCACCAGCAGAUAUCCACCCUCCUCCACCAUGAGUAUGGGAGCUCCUCCCCCUCAAUACAAUAUUCAGUACGCGAGCAGCGCUAUACCUAAAGACGGCCCCUGGGCUCAGAGGGCAGCCGUGCCACUUGACCACCAAGGCUACCUCCCACCUCAUCCACACUCCCUCGCCAACACCAAUUUCUCAAACCGCAACCAGGCACCUCCUUAUCCUCUACAGCCUCAGCAGAGGGGACCCCCUAUGGCCCCCAUAGGAGACUGGACUAAGGAGAGGCUUCAUUCUACCAGCGGGCAGCCUAGAAGCAGCACUCUGCAGCGGCAAAGCAGCUCCGCUUCCUCAGUCUCAAUGGGCGACCCAAGGCGCAUCCAAGUGCCCGAGGGAGAGUACAUGACUUACAGGGACAUUAACACCCUCGCCAGGGGGCCCCUGGCAAUGAGCCAGGCCUUGCAGAGGCCCUUCUCUGCUCGAACUUACAGCAUCGAUGCAGCCGUAGCUUCCAGGCCUGUCAGUGCCAGGCCCCAGCCCCGCGAGCUUCCAGAAAGGACCAUGUCUGUUAGCGAUUUCAACUACCAGCAAAGCAGCCCCAGCAAGCAGCCCAACACCAGGGUGAAGUCUGAGCACUCGCUUCUGGACGGACCAGGUCAGAUGUCAGGAGGGAUGGGACCAGGAAGGGUGCCCACAGACUGGCGGGACCAAGUGAUGCGGCAUAUCGAAGCCAAGAAAAUGGAGAAGAAUGUGCUGUCUCGCUCCUAUCAUUUCAAUACUUCUCCGCUGAGCUGGUCUCACUAUGGCAGCUGUAGGGAUAUGCAGGCCAGCCAAGCGGGCGUGGUCUUAAGUGGCACUGACCGACAGCCCUACGGAGCCCUGAGCUUCCGUGAUGACGUUUUUGUUCCACAAGGGCCACAAAGCUACACCAUGGACCCCCACAGAAAAGUGCCUUUGAUGAAUGGUCAGAUGGGACCUUCUGUUCGUCCUCAGAUCAGCAUGACCUCAAUGACUCGCCAUCCUUCCAGAGAGCAGCUCAUCGACUAUCUGAUGCUCAAAGUCUCCCAGCAGCCCCAUGGGCCUCCCCGUAUUCCUCACGACAUGCUACGGCAAGAGAUCCGUGUGAAAGUAGAGAAGAAUCCAGAGCUGGGUUUCAGUAUAUCAGGAGGCGUGGGAGGCCGGGGAAACCCCUUUCGUCCUGAUGAUAAUGGAAUUUUUGUGACACGAGUUCAACCUGAGGGGCCAGCAUCCAAAAUUCUUCAACCUGGAGAUAGAAUAAUUCAGGCAAAUGGAUACAAUUUUGUUAAUAUCGAUCAUGGGAAUGCAGUGUCCCUGCUGAAGACAUUCCCAACCACUGUGGAUUUAAUUAUCAUACGAGAAGUGCAAGCAUAGACUCGUCUGAAUCUGUCCUCCAGUAGAAUGGCAUGGCACAUGAAAGAAGAACCAAGAAAUUUAUAGCGACUGUCACAUUUUUAUACGCAGAAGAGACUGAUCUGCUGACACCUAUUGGGACUAUUUAUAGUUGAGACCUCCUGAGGUCUUUGUCGCCUCGAUUAAACGGGGAGUACCACUGAAUGUAGUGGAUCUUAGUGAGACAGCAGCCAACACAUGCAAGUACGUGUCCUCAAAAAGCCGUCACUGUGGUAUACACAUAUAUAUAUAUAUAUAUAUAUUUUUUUUAUAUACAAAAACCUGAAGAUUUGAUGGAAACUCUGUGGUCUUUGUACAGAUCAGCUUUUUUAAAGUCAACCACUUAUCAACCACUUGUCAAAGUUUGGGUUUUACAUCUUCAGAUGGGGCAUGGAGGUGACCACUAGGGGGCAGGGCUCCCUCCCCUCUUAUUUGUCCUUAAGUUUGCAUUUUAUUUAAUUUUUUGUUUUAUUUAGUGAAACAAUUUCCCAGUUGCCAGGCGACAUUAUCAAAAGGGAUUGCGUUACGUGCUUCUCAUGGAGAGACGAAUGUAGAUCAAGGAAGCGUUUGUUUCUGUUUUUAUUAGAAGAUCAAAGAGUAAACAAGAGGGGAUCGUCCACUCCGGCUUCCAUAAACCUGUGAACAUCCACCAGCACACAGACACCUCAGUUGUGUUCUGGAUAACCAGACCUGUGCCAUCUGGAAAUUCAUCCCAACUUGUCAGAUGUUUUCAGAAAUGCAGCUGAUCCGAUAAUGAGACAAGAAGACAGGAUAGAAUUCUUGUCUGUUCAGAAUGUGCAAGUUUUGUUUGGAAUAAGGACCAAAACUGGGGCAAUAAGCACAUUUUGGUUCACACAGGAUGAGAUAAAGGUGCUAAAGCCAACUUUUCCCAUCAGUUUUGCUGAAAGUAGGUUGAGGUUACUCUAUUUAACCAAAGCAAGCAUUAAUAAAAUAAACAGAGGGUAAAGGCAGGGACUGUUCUCAGAAAGAUUUUAGGAUAGUUAGGUGGUUAGUUAGUUGUGGGAUUUCAUCUUUUAGGUCGCCAUCAACGCAAAAAAAGAUCUUCAAUAUCUAACUUUUUUUUUUUUUUUUUUACACAGAAGAAAACCACGGGUUGCCUUUUGUGUCUGUUUUGUCCUCAUCACUCAUCACUUUGAAGCAGUCUUGUGUUUUUAUUGUUCUUCGCUGUACAGAGAACAGGGAUGGGAGACAAAUUGUCAAGUGCCAUAGACCUUGAACUGUUUGAACAAGGGGAGGACGUUCAGCCCCCAGGAACCCAAGCAAUACCCACACUCAAAACCCUUCAAGUACAUCUGCAGCAUAAUGGCUUCAAAGCAAUAUUUAAAAACCUUUAUUUUUGUUCACCCAGCAUCGUUUUUAAAACUAAACACAAGCUUUUAGUACUCCCUGAUGAUUUUACAUGUUUUUAUAUUGUGAAAUGAUCUUUUUUUUUAUAUAAUGAAAUGGCACAGUGUUUGUGGCAUUGCUCAAAAAGAUUCUCUUCGUUGUGUAAGACUUUUUGUCACUUUGGCUGAUAAAUUUUACUGUUUUGUCAAGUACUGGAUGUCUUGCUGUUUGGGUUUCAAUUUCUAGUUCCACUGUGGUGUGGGGGUGGUACUGAUCCAGCAUUCUCACCUGUAAAAGGACUGUGAUCAAGAUUCAUAUUACCCCGCCUGUUGAUAUUCAGACACAGGUACAACAGAGAGAUGUGUUUCCAAAACUAGAGGAAAUGAUAAAAUACACACAAAGUUAUUGUCCAGUGAAUUCCAUUUAAUAUAAAUAUAGAAGCAUUCUCCACUGGUUGCCAGUAGAAUAUUUUCUGUUGUCCGGCUGGAUUUUUGAAUCAUCUUAUGCUAUUUGCAUUGGCAACCAAAUAAAAAUACAGAUUAACUGAGUUUUAGUUCCUUCAACUACACCAGUAGUUGCUCUAAUGAAAGAUAUUUGUUCUAAAUGAAGCUGACCAUUAGUUCAUCUACUUGAUCUGACAUUGGUAAAUUUUGAUUUACAAGAAAGAGAUUUUUCACACAGUUUGUUGUAUUGUACUCUGAAAUCAUUGAUUGUAUUUGUUUUAACAUUCUUUUUUUGUUUUUUUAACAAUGGAGAUUAAUUUCUUGGGUUAUGGUCACUUUAUAAUCACUUUAAACGAAUUGUCUGAUAUUUUAGACAAUCUAGGGGUAAAAACAAUUCUCUUUUCACUGUUUCUUCAUCCAUGUUUUUGUUUUUCGCUCCCACUUUUAUAUUUAUUUAGCAAACUUACAUGGAAUUUUAGACCUUACUAAUGAAAUUGUAAAUAUUGAAAAAAAUUGGUGACUUGCGAUUGUAAAACCAGCAAUAAAUUGCAAUGCCGAGGCUCCCAUUUAAUUGUAUAGCUAGUAUUUCUAAUGUUUCUCCGGAAACGGUCACAGUGAGAUGAUUGAAAUGCAUUUAUCCAACAUUCCAGAUUUUGUACAUAAUUUCCUGUUUCAGAAGUUACCUGUGGGGCAAUAAACUAAUGCUGUUUAACAGUGA